AUGUCUGAGGAACGCCGCCCCCGAUCGCGCUUUGACAGCGACGAUGCCGAGCGCCCUGUCCGCUCGCGCUUCGACUCAGAUCGUCGCUCCAGGUCGCCGUCGCGGAGGGAAUCCGAGUCGCAUCGCGCCCGUAGCCCUAUCGCCCGUGAAGGCACAGACAGCCCUGCAUCGUCCAACUUCAAGAACGAGGCGGCAGCAAAGGCGGCGGCGGCGGCUGCGAGGAUCAACGCGCAGAUUCAGGCGAAGAAGGGCAUCCAGCAUGUCGACGUGCCUCCGAUUCGCUCUGCCGCUACUCCUCCAGUCGCCAAGUCGCCCGCCUCAAACUCCGCCGCGGCCAUAAACAACGAGACGUACCAGCAGGAUGGUGACUACAUCAAAGACAUUGAGAUCAAUGAUCUCCGUAAUCGCUAUACACUGACCAAAGGAGCUACACAAAAGAGGAUCAAAGACGAGACUGGCGCCGAUGUCACUACUCGCGGAGAAUACUACCCUGACAAGAACAUGGCCACUGCUACUAACCCGCCGCUGUACCUCCGCAUCACUAGCACCUCCAAAGAAGGCCUGGACAAGGCUGUCGAGAUGAUCGAAGAGAUGAUGAAAGAGGACCUUCCUAACCUUGUAGACGAACGUCGUUUCCGCCGUAGAGAGCCGGAGAACUUCGAGCGCGACGAGUUUGGCAGACGCAAGUGGCCCGAAGAGAAGAUUUCCGUAGGUCUCGAGCCUAUCAGCGGCUUUAACUUGCGCGCACAGGUUGUCGGUCGCGGUGGCGACAACGUCAAGUUCAUUCAACAGGAGACAGGCUGCAAAGUCCAGAUCAAAGGUCGCGGUUCCGGCUUCAUGGAGCCGAACAGCGGACAAGAGAGCGACGAGCCCAUGUACCUCCACAUCGCGUUCGUAUACCCCGCCAUUCUUACCCUCCAAUUACUGACAGAUCGUAGUGGACCCCGUCCCGAAGGCGUAGCCCAAGCCAAGCAACUCUGCGACGAGCUCCUCGACAAGGUAAAGUCGGAUUACCACGCUUACAAGGAACGCCCUCCACCGAACCGUUACGGCGACCGAGAUGGCUAUGGCGGUGGACGACCGGGAUACGGCGAUCGUGGCGACCGUGGAGAUCGCGGUGACCGUGAUGGUCGCAGCCAGAGCUACGGAUACGGUGGAGGAAACGGAGGAGGCGGCGGCUACGGUGGCUACGGCGCUCAGGGUCAGAACGGUUACGGCGGCCAGGACACAAUCAUGUCUCCUGCUGCUGCAACGCCGACUGCUGAUGCUAACAACCAAGCCUACGACGCCAAUGCGGCACAAGCAUGGAUUGCCUACUACCAGCAGAACCCAGAAGCUGAUCCUUAUGCCGCCUACGGUGGGUAUGCAGCGUACCUCGCACUUCAGCAACAGCAGUAUGCCGCGUACUAUGCUCAGAACGGUUAUGGCCAGACGCAGUCGCCUGCUCCCGGCGCUGGCGCGGCUGCACCACCACCGCCGCCGCCUUCAGAGCCAUCCGGCUACGCUGCUCCUCCGCCGCCUCCACCAGCGGCAUCGCCUUCCAACUAUGGCGCCGUUCCUCCACCUCCCGGUUUGUAA